CCGCAGGCCCCGCCCCUUCCCGCCGCGGGGCCCGGAAAGGCGGCUCCGCCGGGCGGGGCCGGGCGCGCUGCGGAGGGGCCGGGCCGCGAGGACAGCCCUGCCAAAUUGCUGAGAAAUCACCCCCAGCCUUCUUCAUGACUGCCUGACCAACCUGACCUGGGAGCAAAGAAGCUUGUGCAUCAGGAUGUUCCGCCCGCGGUUGCUCCCCGUGGCGGCCGCGCUCUCUGCGGUCUCGCGGCGUUUCCAGGGGACAGCUCAGCACCCCAGGGCCCGGCGUAGGCUGGUGAUGGUGGCAGCUUUCAUAGGGACAACUGCAGCCACAGCAAGUGCCAGACUCCUUUGGCAGAGGGCCUAUGCGGAAGACUCAUCCUCUGUAAAACACAACCCGAGGCCAGAGCCAGGUGAGAAGAUAAAGCAUGAGGAGGAGGAGAGCAGCAGCAAUGAGGGGAGGAAGGCUGUUGUCUCGGGAGAAGAGGAGGUUCAGCCAGAAGGGAAGAAGAAGAAGCAACGUUCUGGGUUCCGGGAUCGUAAGGUGAUGGAAUAUGAGAACAGGAUCAGAGCUUACUCCACCCCAGACAAAAUCUUCAGAUACUUUGCCACCUUGAAAGUCAUCAACGAGCACGGCGAGUCGGAGGUUUUUAUGACACCACAGGAUUUUGUGAGAUCAAUAACACCUAAUGAAAAACAACCAGAACACCUGGGCCUGGACCAGUUCAUAGUGAAACGCUACGAUGGGAAGAUACGGGUUAAAUUUUCAUCUAAAUUAUUAGCUGAGCUCAUCCCCACUCUGCAGUCACAAAUAAUGCAGAAGUUAUCCCAGGAGCGGGAGAAGUUUGCUGAUGAGGACAGCAUCUUUUAUGCCCUUGGAGAGUGUGGACUCAUUUCUUUCUCUGACUACAUCUUCCUGACAACAGUCCUUUCCACUCCCCAGAGGAACUUUGAAAUUGCCUUUAAGAUGUUUGAUCUGAAUGGUGACGGCGAGGUGGACUUGGAAGAGUUUGAGCAGGUGCAGAGCAUCAUUCGCUCCCAAACCAGCAUGGGCAUGCGCCACAGAGACCGCUCAACCACGGGGAACACCCUGAAAACUGGUUUCAACUCAGCCCUGACCACCUUCUUCUUUGGGGCAGAUCUGAAGGGCAAACUGACCAUCUCCCACUUCCUCGACUUCCAGCGCAAACUGCAGCACGACAUCCUGAAGCUUGAGUUCGAGCGGCACGACCCGGUGGAGGGGCGGAUCACGGAGCGGCAGUUCGGCAGCAUGUUGCUGGCCUACAGUGGGGUGCAGUCCAAGAAGCUCACAGUCAUGCUCAAGCAGCUCAAGAAGCACUUCCAGGAUGGAGAGGGGCUGACAUUUGAGGAGGUGGAGAACUUCUUCACUUUUCUGAAGAACAUAAAUGAUGUGGACACAGCUUUGAGCUUCUACCACAUGGCUGGAGCCUCACUUGAUAAAGUCACCAUGCAGCAAGUGGCCAGGACAGUGGCCAAGGUGGAGCUCUCUGACCACGUGUGCGACGUGGUGUUCGCCCUCUUUGACUGCGACGGGAAUGGUGAGCUGAGCAACAAGGAGUUUGUGGCCAUCAUGAAGCAGCGCCUUAUGAGAGGCCUGGAGAAGCCCAAGGACAUGGGCUUCACCAGGCUGAUGCGAGCCAUGUGGAAAUGUGCCCAGGAGACAGCGUGGGACUUCACCAACCCCAAGCAGUAGCAGGGUCUGGGAGGAACUUCCCUCUCUCAGCCUUGCAGUCACCUCUGCUGUGGACACCAGUGGGGUGGCUCCAGGCUCUGGCCAGCCCUGACUCUCCCCGGCUGGAGUUUUUUGUAAAUGGAAGUUAGAAAUCCAAGCCUGUUUCAAUUUGCAGCUUCUGCUUGCUGCCUGCUCCCCUUCAUCUUUCUCUCAGGAAAAAGGAGUUUUACUGCUACCACCUCCACUUUGUGAUGGGCCCUGCCUGCAGAGCUGGGCAUCAAGGGAUGCAGCCAAAUCGUUUUUAUGGAAUGUUACUGUAAAAGGGCAUGGCACUCCUUUUAAUUCUUAAGAUUGCUCCUAAGGAAGAAGCCAUAGGAUUCCUGGAUAGAUGGUACCGGUAGGAAUUAGGAGCAGAGGCUGCAGCAGCUGAGUGGUGAGAGAGCACCCCAGGAUUUCAGUUGCCCAAAAUGCUCUGUGCUCCCCCAGACUGUUGUAGGGUGGAGGGGAGGGGUGCACCAGCAGAGGAGCUUGUGUAACAGCAGCUAAAAGCAGUGGAGCAAUUGGGUCUCCUGCCUGUCCUGCAGGUUUCAAAUUACUUUGUUGUUUGUUUUUUAAGAGGGGAAUUGCUGUUCUGUCAUGGGAACGGGGGCUGAAAGGUGUUAUUCCUGUAAAGCAUGGUGUAAAGGUGUUGCUUACAGUGA